GUCCACUACGUUGUUUCAGACAAUCAAAGCGAGCUAAUUUGAAAAAUUUCAUGGGCACUAUGGAGUGACUAGGUUUUUUCCAAUUUUCGUUUUGAUUAGCAAGACCAAAUUUUUCCCCCCAUAGAAAAAAAAAAAAGAUUCGGCGAUAGGUGUUCGCACAAGUUUCAAGUGCAUCCUCCGAAGAAAAAGUAGACGCAUGGAAUGGAAAGAGCAGACAUAUCCAUUCUCGUGUUGAAUAAACACUUGGGGUUUAGGCGCGCCACAUAGUUCGGCUUGAAGUGUAUGAUGGCUCGUGACGUAGGGUGCGGUAGAAGUUUCCUCUUUUUCGAUGUGGCACCUACACCCAUCUAUUUUUCGCGCGUUGUUCCACACUUGGAAAUGACUUUCAUGCCAAUAAUUUUACAUCCGUCCCGACCAACCCUGUUUUCCUUUCUCUCCAUUCUUUCAGCAUCUCCCCGAAAUGCCGUCUGAGGAAAGAACACCUCUCUUGAACGGCGAUCGCCAGGCAGAUACUCCCUCCAAUCCUUAUGGUAUCUCCCCUGACGAUUUUGCAAAGCUUGUUGACCCAAAGAACCCAGAUGUUCUCAAAAAGCUCGGAGGCGUGCAAAAGAUAUGCAAACAACUCAAAGUUGACCCUAAGACUGGCUUAAAUCCUGAUGAAGGCCAAGAAUCCUCUUCCGAUAAACCUUUUGCCGAACGUCAAUCGGUAUUUGGCACCAAUGUGCUGCCAGAGGCCAAGAGCAAAAGCUUUUUGGAACUACUAUGGAAUGCUUACAACGACAAAACUCUCAUUAUGCUUACCAUCGCUUCUAUCGUCUCGCUUGCCGUUGGCAUUUGGGAAGACUAUUCACCCAGACACCCUGCCGACGAACCUCGUGUUGGAUGGGUGGAAGGAACCGCUAUUCUUGUGGCUGUGCUAGCUGUCGUUUUCACCAAUGCUAUCAAUGAUUAUCAAAAGGAAGCUCAAUUUAAAAAACUGAACGCUAAGAAGGAAGAUCGAGUGGUAAAACUACUUCGUGGAGGAAAGGAAAAGCAAAUCAACAUUAGCGAAAUCAACGUCGGUGAUAUCCUUUUGCUUGAGCCUGGUGAUAUACUGUCUGUCGAUGCUUUGUUUAUUGACGGUCACAAUUUGGCUUGCGAUGAAUCUUCCGCCACUGGUGAAUCCGAUACAAUGAAGAAAACCACUGACGACAAGGGCGAUUGCUUUAUUCUUUCUGGUUCCAAGGUCCUGGAAGGUGUUGCUCGUGUGGUAGUCAUUGCCGUGGGUGAACAUUCAUUCUUUGGAAAGACCAUGAUGUCUAUGCGUGAUACCGGCACUGAAGUCACUCCUUUGCAAGCCAAGCUCGAUAUCCUAGCUGAGCAAAUUGCUAAGCUUGGUUUUGCCGCUGCUGUCACUAUGUUAAUUGUCUUAAUCAUCAAAUACUUUAUUACUGCUUCUCUCCAACCCGAAUUCCCACCUGGCGCCGAUAUUGCUGCUGCCAUCAUUAGUAUUGUCAUUCAAGCUAUUACCAUCAUUGUUGUUGCUGUGCCAGAAGGUUUACCUAUGGCCGUUACCAUGGCACUUGCUUUCGCCACCACUCAAAUGCUCAAGGAUAACAACUUGGUCCGUGUCUUGGCAGCCUGUGAAACCAUGGGUAAUGCUACAGCUGUAUGCUCAGACAAAACUGGUACCCUGACUCAAAACAAGAUGACAGUCGUUGAAGGAUCACUUGCUGAAAAGACAUUUUCCAAGGCCGACGAUGCAAAGAACUGGUACAAGGAGGUUGAUAAGAAUGUAUCUGAAUUGCUCUUUGAGAGUAUUGCUAUCAACUCUACUGCUUUUGAAGGCAAGGAUGAAAAGGGUCAAGAUGCAUUUGUUGGUUCCAAGACCGAAUGUGCGCUGCUUGGUUUAACUAAGGGACUCGGCUAUGAUCAUGAAAAGACAAGACAUAACACCAAGAAGGUCAAGGUUUAUCCCUUUGCCUCUCAACGCAAAACUAUGACCACCGUCAUUGAGAUCAACGACGGAUCUGCCAAAACCACGGAAAAGGCUAAAUGCCGUGUCCAUACUAAGGGUGCCUCUGAAAUUGUUCUCUCUUCUUGCACUCAAUAUAUUGACGAAAAGGGCAAUGUCCACAAACUAGACCAGGAAGCCACCACCAAAUUUGAAAAUGUCAUCAACGAAUAUGCUGAAAAAGCCCUUCGUACCAUCACCUUGGCUUAUAAGGACUUGUCGGAUGCCCAGGUCAAGAAGAUGUCAGAUGAUGAACCCCCGCUUGAUAACCUCGUUGUCAUUGGUAUUGUUGGUAUUAUGGAUCCCCUACGCCCUGGAGUAGUCGAAUCUGUCCAAGCCUUCCGUAAUGCUGGUGUCUUUGUUCGCAUGAUUACUGGUGAUAACCUUACAACUGCCAAGGCCAUCGCUCGCAAUGCUGGUAUUUUUACCAAGGGUGGCGUUGCCUUAACUGGACCGGAAUUCCGUGAAUUGUCUCGUGAGGAGCAAAUGAAGAUUGUACCUCGCCUCCAAGUUCUUGCUCGAUCUUCACCUACCGAUAAAACCAUUGUUGUGGAUUGCCUUCAGAAGCAAGACCAAGUGGUUGGUAUGACUGGUGAUGGUACCAACGAUGGCCCUGCUCUGAAAAUGGCCGAUGUUGGUUUCUCCAUGGGUAUUGCUGGUACUGAAGUCGCUAAGGAGGCUUCUGAUAUUAUUCUGAUGGACGAUAACUUCAACUCUAUUCUCAAGGCUCUCAAAUGGGGUCGUGCUGUGAAUGACGGUGUUCGCAAGUUCUUAACUUUCCAACUGACAGUUAAUAUUGCUGCUGUGGCCCUUUCCUUUAUUAGUGCUGUGACCUCAGAUACCUCUGAAUCUGUUCUUAGUGCUGUUCAAUUGCUCUGGGUCAACUUGAUCAUGGAUACAUUGGCUGCCUUGGCACUUGCUACUGAACCUCCUACUGACGAUCUUCUCAAGCGCAAGCCCAUUGCUCGUAAUGCUAGUUUGAUCAAUUACCGCAUGGGAAAACUCAUUGUGGGUGAAGCUAUCUUCCAAAUCGUACUCAAUUUGGUCUUGAUUGCCUAUGGUGACAAGAUUUUCCAUCUUGGCGACUCCGAAUAUGAUCAAGCUGUUCUGCGUACCCUGGUUUUCAAUACUUUUGUGUUCCUUCAAGUGUUCAACGAAAUCAAUUGCCGACGCAUAGACGACACUCUAAAUGUAUUUAAGAACAUCUUCCAUAACUGGAUCUUCCUUACUGUUCAAGUCGUCGUCGUUCUUUGCCAGUUCCUGAUUGUUACCUUUGGAGGUAUUGCCUUCAAGACGGUUCCAUUGUCUCCUCUCCAGUGGCUUAUCACAGUGUCUAUUGGUGUACUUUCCAUUCCGCUCGGUACCCUGAUUCGGUUACUACCCGAUUUCGGCCACAAAGGCGAAAGCGAGGAUGCCAAGCCUCUUGCUUCAUACUCCCGUAUGCAUUGGGAAGGUGCCAUCGGUGAUGUCAAGAGUGAACUUCGUGUGUUCACUGCUUUGCGUAAAGGUCGCAAUCAACACAAGCGAUCCAAUACUGCUACCAGCAUAGGCGCUUCCACCAGUCACCCCGACCAUUCCAAUUAUGGCAGCACUUCAGCUGGUAGUCCACCGUCCAACAACCGAUUCGCUGAUCUUGUCGUUAAAGCGAAAGCCAUGCGUCAAGCAGCUUCUGAUGCUGAAGGACGACAACAGCAUGAUCAAUAAAUAUGUUUCGGUUAUUUAGUUGUAACAAUAAACCUCUUCUUUGUUGAAUGUUUCAAUAGGUAUGUGGAGUGAGGCUGUGAGAUGCCAGAUUAAGAAUGUCCCCCAUAAAAAAAACCUGCAAAUGAAAGCCUCUGUCCCUUAC